AUGUCGAAAACCCUCUUUGACAUUGUCUCUGACUUCCCAUACUACGAGGAUGAACCAGCCCGCUUCACAGAAACACUCAACUCCUACCAUGCAUUCAAAGUACAAGGCAUCGAUGCAACUCUCGGAUACGUCCAAAACACACUUGUACAGAGCAUCUCAUGGCCAAAGGAGCAUUGGAUAAUCGACUCCGGGGCAAUUAUCCUACUGAACCCACCAGGCAAUGCAUCGUCCACACGCACUCAAAUCAUUCAUGACUCAAUCAACAGGAUGAUUGAAGCCGGAUACAAGGAUAUCCUAAAAGGCUGGCGCAACGAGCGAUUCCCAGUCUACGGACCCGGCGGCGACAUGAUUCUGGAGAUUGAACGUUCCGCGAGCGCCCUAUUCGGCAUUGUAACGAGCGGCGUGCAGAUGCUCUGCUACGUCAAAGAUGCAAAAGGCAUUCGCCUCUGGAUCGCCAAGCGCUCGAUGCAGAAACAGACCUAUCCGGGUAUGUUGGAUUGCACUGCCGCCGGGGCCCUGAGUGCGGGAGAGUCGCCGCGAAGUGCGAUGAUCCUCGAGGCUACAGAGGAGGCGUCUAUCGAGCGCGAGAUCAUCGAGAAUGGCAUGAGAUACGUCGGGGCUAUCUCGUAUUUUCACAUGAAAGGCUCGUCUAUUGCUUUGAGCGAGGGCGCCUCAACGGCCGUUCUGUUACCCGAGGUCGAAUACCUAUAUGAGCUUCAGCUAGACGAAGGUAUUGUUCCCCGGCCGAAGGAUUCGGAGGUGGAAGACUUUCGGCUUUGGAAUGUGGACCAGGUGCUUGUCGCCUUGGGCAGGGGAAUGUUUAAACCGAAUAGUGCGGUUGUGGUCAUCGACUUUUUUAUUCGCCAUGGCGUCAUAUCACCAGAGACAGAGCCAAUGUAUGAAGAGAUUAUAAGAAGACUGCAUCGGCGGCUACCGUUUCCUACUGCAGUCUGGUCGAUAUAA